CAACGUUCUAUUACCACAGCCCAGCCCGCAGCCCCCCUCACCAAUUCAGCCCAGGUUUUUGCUCAGUCGCAGCAGUACUCACCAACACAGCCAAUCGAGCCCCAAAGCUAUUCUCGUCAACACUCGAUCAAUGAAUCAUCUAGUGAGUUAGGUGCCUCUUCACCUACAUCUCGGAGCCCAAUAGCUGCUCCUAUAGGCCGAGGAGCUCUGAGUUACAGUGGCGCAUUAAGGAAGAAUUCAGUCAAUGAUGGCCAUGCUGUCCGCAUGGGUUUGGCAGACCCUCUUUCCUCGGAUGAUGACUCCUCUAUUUAUCGCUUUCAGUCUAGGUCUCCUUCGUUAUAUUCUUUACUUGAGAGUCAAAACUCCGUUCAAGAAUAUGGAAAGUCACCUCCAACAACCACAGUGUCAUUCAAGCAUGGUCAAGGACAAUCAACUCGAGGAUCAAGACCAGGAUCACUGGCAGGAUCUUUUACUGAGGAAAUCAACUGGCCCUUUCGUCGCGGCAGUAGCGGCGUUGCACCAAAUUAUCCAAGCGACAAGAAUGACAGGGACCAAGAGAGUAUAAACGAAGAAAAUGGGGAUGGGGUUCAAAUUAUACCGGACAAUCAACGCGAC